CUGUUUUCUUAAGACGAGCUUUAGGAUGUUUGCAGAUAUAAACCUGGGUUAAAAUUGCGCUUUGUCCCUUUUUCUUGAUCUUCUCACAAAAUCAUGAUUAUCCGGAACAUUUUUAUUAUUUAUUGCUAUUUAAUUUGUGUAUCAUGUGCAAAUCUACAAAGUACAUUUGGCACAAUUAAAGAGGCUGUGUCUCUCAAAUCCAUAUAUCACCAUACAAACAUCAAUGGCCCUUCGCCCAAUCAUUUUCGUCGUAUGGAAAUCCCGGCUAUAAAUCAGGCUAGUAAAAUGCCGUAUAGUUUAAAGCACGUGGUGGGAACAACAUAUCGACCGAGUAAUCAAUAUAAACAAGAGUUAUUCAACCUUGGAAAAUCGGGGAAAUUGUUAAGGUGGUCCCAAGAGGAAACACUGUAUCCAGAAAAGUCUCUUAUACCUGAUGUCACAGACCAUGCUUCCGUAUUGUCUUUGGCCGAAAUGAGUUUCAACGCAUAUACAGAAUUAGGAAAAGAUGGUCAAUGGUAUGACUUGGGUGGACAAUGGCGUAUUAAUUCGACAUUUGGAUGGGAAACAGACGGAUUAAGAGGACAUGUCUUUGGUAAUACAGAUAAUUCUUUAUUAAUCAUCAGUUUUAAAGGAACGACAGCUGGUAUCUAUGGAGAACCAACAGGAGAAAAGGAUAAAUUAAAUGAUAAUUUACUCUUUUCAUGUUGCUGUGGUAAACUAGGGCCCACAUGGAAACCUGUAUGUUCAUGCAUGGACAAUAAGGCAAAAUAUCAAUGCGACGCAAAAUGCUUAGACGAGAGUGUUGCUAACUCAGAGAUGUACUAUGAUUACGCUUCUAGCAUAUAUAUUGACACGUACGAAAGAUAUCCAAAUGCGACAAUUUGGCUUACGGGACAUUCGUUAGGUGGGGCAGUGGCUAGUCUAGUGGGCCAGACUUUUGGCGUACCUGCUGUCAGUUUCGAAAGCCCGGGAGAUCGUUCAGCUGCAAGGCGAUUGCAUCUACCUCAUGCUCCCGGCGCACCCGACAUGCCUAUAUGGCAUUUUGGACAUACUGCCGAUCCUAUCUUUAUUGGCGUUUGUACAGGCCCGACAAGUGGAUGCUUCUAUGCUGGGUUUGCAAUGGAAACCAGAUGUCAUACAUCAAAAGUGUGUGUAUGGGAUACGGUCAAAGAUAAGGGAUGGAGGGUCAACGUAGCUUACCAUCGCAUAGGAACUAUUAUCGAAAGCAUUCUCAAAAGACCUGAAGACUUUCCGUUGCCUAAUUGUGUGGAGGAAACCCACUGCGAAGAUUGCGGUUUAUGGAAAUUUAGUGAUGAGAGAGAUCCGUUGCUUUCUAAAAAUAGAUGCGCUUCGUAAGUCGCACUUUUAAAGGAUAUAGAGAAAUGACGAUAAUUGUUAAUACAUGAUAUAAAUUAAGACUGGUUUAUUAUUAA